UUUUUUGGUUGCAAUUGAAAUAAUUUAUUUCGGCAAACUCUAGAAAUAUUGCUCUGCGCCUACGUCGAUCAUAUUAAACAGGAUGGUAAGCGAAGGGCGAAUGGCUAUUGUUAUAAAAGUGCAUUGUGGUAGAUACAUUUGAACUAUAGACUUGCCUUUUUACCUAUCGCAUUUCCUAUAUUUCUAUUCACCGAUUCUUCAUGGUUCAAUUUUUCAAUAUUGCAAUAUCCAUUUACUUACUGGUUUGUACAGUAUCCAGUAAAACUAUCAACGUGGAUAUUGCCCGAAAGCAGCAUCCGACAGUGAAGCAAGCAUCAGAAUCUGCACAUGAUCGAGCAACAUCUAUUCGCAUCAAAGGCUCACGUCUUGCUGCUGGCGAUGCACUUCCUACGUUUUCACUUCUAAAUGCUCAAUUCAGCUAUUAUAUGCCCAUUAGUCUUGGUACCCCUAUGCAAAACUUUUCUGUUGUAGUGGAUACGGGAUCAUCCGUAUUGUGGGUUCCAGAUCAAACCUGUGGCAAUGUUUGUGUGCGAGCGCCCGAUUCGUUCAAAAGUGAAAAGUCAUCGACUUUUAAACAAGACAAGUCCACUAACCUGCAAGCUUAUUAUGGCUCUGGGAGUGCGCACGGUAUUAUGGGAGUAGAUACCCUAUCCCUCAACGGAGGGGCUUUCAAGAUCCAAAAGCAAGAGUUUGGUCUUGCCACUACCCAAAGUCAAGUUACCAAUAACGGUGUUGACGGCAUUUUUGGCUUUGGUCCUGAUCCCUUAAGCAUCUACAGCAACACCAGGAGAAGCACUAUAAAGUCUCUUUUGACAAAUCUCAUCGAGCAGAACAAAGGCUAUUCUUACGUAUUUGGUGUUAAAUUCGAGCCUGUACCUAGUGGAUACUAUUCUUCCAUGAAUGGGAAGAUGGCCAUUGGUGGUCUUCCAGAUCCCAAAUGGUAUCAAGGAGACAUUCAGUGGAUUCCCAGGAUCAAGACCUCUCGAGCGGCAGAAUUUUGGGGUGUUGGUGUUGACAGUAUCAACGUUAAUGAUAAGCCUGUCAUCAAGAGACUUUCAGCCAUUGUUGACACUGGAACCACUUUGAUUAUCGUUUCCAAUGAAAUCGCAGAUGCCGUGUAUGGAAGCAUUCCAGAUGCCAAGAUCGAUCCCUCCUCUGAUUUGUGGAGCAUUCCUUGUUCAGCUGUCGGUACACUGCCGAAUAUUUCUUUCGUCAUGGAUGGCAAGAAUUUCAACUUGACACCAUCGCAGUACAUACUUCCAAAAUAUCUGAACACCUACUGGGGAGCACGAAAUCCAGAUUUGUGCCUGAGUUUCAUAUACAGCACAGACAUGUCCUAUUCCGGAUAUGACAUUCUGCUUGGUCAAAAGUUUUUGGAAAACUACGUCUCCAUCUAUGAUGGAGAUAAGGACAGAAUUGGACUUGCUCUCAACGCGCAACUUAGCAAAACCCAAUCUACGAAGGCUAAACCUACCGACAGCAGUUCCAACUCCAAAAAGAAAGGACAGCAUAAGCUAGUUUAAUUGUACCUCUCACUAAAUUUCAAGCCAGACAGCUGCAAUUAGCUGUGUUUAUUCGUGGCUGUUUAUGCCCUACCUAUUGUAACUCACCUCGUAUGCCAUUUAUAAUGUUAUAGUUCAAUCCUCUUUCCCCUUCAUCUUAUUACCUUGCGCAAGCCGUUACCUCUAGCUGAACUAUGUCUUUCUCAAUUUUACCUAUGUC